CGAUCAAUAUAAUAGGCCCUGCCCCUAUCGAUGAUCGAUUUUUCGUUGAUUUCUAUUUCUCCGCUGUUUCUACUCGGGUUAUCUAAUAUCGACCACUGAGUAGAUCUUCUCGCAUCUAAAACUUAAGUAAGCUGAGAAUUAUUAUCGCCGAUAGUAAAUCUUCACGGCCUAGUGAUACCCGACCAUGGCUUCCACAGGAGACCCACCAAAGGAUGGCGUCUCAGGAGAGAAGAAGGGGUCGGACAACUCUGACGUGUCCCGCGCCGAAGUCGAAAAUCGAUUCAGCAAAGAUAAUAUACUAGAUGAAGGAGAUAGACAACGCCUAGAAGCUUCGGCCAAGUUAGCAAAUCCAUUCGCCGGUCUCAAUGCAGAACAGCUAGCCCGGCGCGGCGAGGAGUUUUGCGCGAAGCACGGCUUCACUAGCGAAGAAGACAUUCGUGCUUUCCGACUCGGCGCAAUGAUCUCGGGUAAUAUGAAUAAGUAUGAUACUGUCGACGGACUCACUGAUAGCGAGAAAUUGGUGCUCGAUAGAGAACUUACCCAUAAGUGGUCGAAUCCGGGUAUGCUCUAUGCUGUCGUCGUCAUCUGUUCCCUCUGUGCUGCCGUUCAGGGUAUGGACGAGACCGUCGUCAAUGGCGCGCAGGUUUUUUAUAAGAUACAGUUUGGUAUCAACGAUGAGGAUUCUAUGUCAAACUCGUGGCUCCUAGGACUAGUAAAUGCUGCGCCAUACAUUUGCUGCGCUUUCGUGGGUUGUUGGCUCACCGAACCGAUGAACAAAGCCUUCGGUCGCCGCGGUACCAUCUUCAUUUCCUGUCUGGUGUCGGCUUUGGCAUGCUUUUGGCAAGCCUUCACAAACACUUGGUGGCAUAUGUUCAUUGCUCGUUUCGCCCUCGGCCUUGGCAUUGGCCCAAAGUCUGCUACUACACCCAUCUUCGCUGCUGAAUGUUCCCCACCAAAACUCAGGGGAGCCCUCGUGAUGCAAUGGCAGAUGUGGACUGCCUUUGGUAUCAUGCUUGGAUAUGUAAUGGACCUGGCCUUCUUUGCCGUCCCGGAUCGUGGUAUCCCAGGCCUGAACUGGCGCUUGAUGAUGGGGUCUGCGUUAAUCCCUGCUGUUUUCGUUUGUGCUCUGGUCUAUUUCACUCCUGAGUCACCUCGAUGGUAUCUUACGAAGAACAGGCAUGUAGACGCCUACAAGACCAUCUGCCGACUUCGGUAUGAGAAAGUCCAAGCCGCGCGCGAUCUGUUUUACAUGGACACUCUCCUCCAGAUUGAGAAAGAGACUAUGAACAUAGGUCAAAGUAAAAUCAAGGAGUUCCUUACCAUUCGCCGAAAUCGCAACGCUAUGUUGGCUUCUGAAAUAGUCAUGUUCUUUCAGCAAUUCACGGGAGUCAACGCUGUGGCAUACUAUUCUUCGUCGAUCUUUAUUCAGGGUGGAUUUACCACUCAAUCAGCCCUCGUAGCGUCACUCGGCUUCGGUAUCAUCAACUUCUUAUUCGCCAUUCCUGCUUUUUACACCAUCGAUACCUUUGGUCGGAGGAAUCUGCUCCUGACAACUUUCCCGCUGAUGUCACUUUUCCUGUUUUUCACGGGCUUCAGUUUCUGGAUUCCAGAUAAUACUACUGCUCAUAUUGCAUGUAUUACGUUGGGUUUAUAUUUAUACGGGGUGGUGUAUUCUCCCGGCGAAGGGCCUGUUCCGUUCACCUAUAGCGCUGAAGCAUAUCCAUUGUAUAUUCGUCCAAUUGGUAUGUCGCUAGCGACGGCAACGACCUGGUUCUUCAACUCGGUCAUCUCCCUUACUUGGCCUGCCUUAACCCUAGCCUGGACUCCCCAAGGUGCAUUUUCUUGGUACGCAGCGUGGAACAUAGCCGGCUUCUUCAUGGUACUUUUCUUCGUUCCCGAGACCAAAGAGAAGACACUGGAAGAGCUCGACGCCGUUUUUAACGUCCCGCUUCGCCGGUUCAUGCGGUACGGCUUAGCCCAGUUUUUCUACUUUUGGAACCACUACAUCUUCUUCCGCGAUGUCCCGGCACCCAAGACUCCGACCAUGGCCACCGAGGUCGAAUAUACCGAGCAUCAGUUUUCCAAGGAGAAAACCCAUGACGCAACAGCCCGCGUCUAGGCGUCCUAUGCCCGUAUAGCACAAAAAUUUCGCUUCAAUAAUUUUCAUUUAGUGACCUAACUUUCGCAAUGGUGCUACGCCACAACAAUCAUGUUAGAUGAUAUUUAGAUAUUUAACCGGCUUCUCUGGCAUUAGACAGGAAUCGGAAAUAUUGUAUGGAUGAUGGAAGUGUACAAUUGUUGUUUGCAAUGAUGUCUCUCAUUUACAUAUUUACGGAUACCCCUUUUACGAUUUAAAAACAUUAUAGCAAAGGAAAUAGUAAUGGCCGGGCAGUGAAGAUCUGCUUUGGAUACGAAUUGACUCUAUUCGCAACAACGACAAAACUUGAGAAAUACGAUUAUUCAGUCUCCCUUUUCCCUCCCAGAUAUUAAAAUAGGU